AUGGCGGACAACUCUGCAAGUGGUGAUGCUGUGGAACGACGUGAGAUUGCAAUUUAUAGGGACGUUGAGAUUGCAGAGUGUUGUAUUCACAAGGUUCCUGAAAAUCUACGAAAAGUAAACCCAGGAGCAUACUCUCCUCAGUUAAUUUCAAUAGGCCCUUAUCACCUCGGCGAACAAGUUUUGGCUGCCAUGGAAAAUCAUAAAAAAAGAUAUGUGGACGCAUUUUUUCAUGGACUUACCCUCGAUCAAUUGGAGAAAUUCAGAAAUUAUAUUGUAACCAAACAAACAAAAAUCUGCUAUCAAUAUGCUGAGCCAAUCCAAUUAUCUCCUGAUGUCUUUCUACCGAUGGUUCUGCGGGAUGCCAUUUUCAUCAUCGAGCUCUUCUUGCGAGUUCGGUUUGAACAUCAAGGCGAUUUUUUGCUAAAUGAGGUAUGGCUAGGAACUAUAAGAAGGGACUUACUCUUACUCGAAAAUCAGCUUCCGUAUUUUGUGCUUGAGGAUUUAUAUAACUUAGCCGGACAAAAAGCUUCUGGUAACCAAAUUCCCAUCAUUAAUCUUGCUGGUCGUUUCUUUCAACUCAAUCGCUCGCACAAUAGGCCACUUUCUAGCCAACGUCAGGAUGUCAAAAUUAAUCAUUUCACUGAUUUAUAUAGGUUUUCUCUAGUGGAAAUUCCGGAGACUCCCAGGUUUAGUCUUCCAAUGACGACCGCUGAUGCUUUACCGAACGUAGUCAAGUUGAAAAAAUCAGGAGUGAAGCCUAGAUGGGGUAAAUAUUUGGUUGAAGUAAAAUUCAAUGAUCGAAAAACUCCGUUGUUUAAUGUAGUUGAGCUGGAAAUUCCACGCUUUGAAAUAACUGAAAACACAGAAUGUGUGAUCCGAAAUCUGAUGGCGCUAGAGCAAUGUCAUUAUCCAUCGGAAACUUACAUAUGCAGUUACAUUCAUCUACUUACGUUUCUCAUCAAAACUGAAAAAGAUGUAGAUUAUUUUAAAUUUAUUGUGCAGCAAUGCUGA